ACCUACUACUGCAUUUCAUUUACUUUUUCUCCGUCUUUUUUCCUUUCACUGAAGCCGGCCGGUCACAGAUCUUCUUCGUCGCAGCUAAUCACUGCUAUGGCAUCUAGAAAUCCUUUCGACAACAUAUUGAAAACUCUCGAGAAGUCCGGAGGCGGUCAUUUUGGCAAGUACUAUAGUUUGCCGGCUCUCAACGAUCCUAGGAUCGAUAGGCUUCCUUACUCGAUUAGGAUACUUCUGGAAUCCGCGAUUCGUAACUGCGAUGAGUUUCAAGUUAAGAGAAAUGAUGUUGAAAAGAUUAUUGAUUGGGAGAAUACCUCUCCUAAACUGGUAGAAAUUCCUUUCAAGCCUGCGAGAGUGCUUCUGCAGGAUUUUACUGGGGUGCCUGCUGUUGUUGAUCUCGCUUGCAUGCGAGAUGCAAUGAACAAACUAGGUGGUGAUUCUAAUAAAAUUAAUCCCUUGGUUCCAGUAGAUCUUGUCAUAGAUCACUCAGUUCAGGUUGAUGUGGCAAGAUCAGAAAAUGCUGUGCAGGCAAACAUGGAACUUGAAUUCAAGAGGAAUAAGGAAAGAUUUGGUUUCCUCAAAUGGGGUUCAAAGGCAUUCAAUAACAUGCUUGUUGUUCCUCCUGGAUCAGGGAUAGUUCACCAGGUUAAUUUAGAAUAUCUUGGCAGAGUUGUGUUUAAUACAGGUGGUAUGCUUUACCCUGAUAGUGUAGUUGGGACCGACUCACAUACAACUAUGAUAGAUGGCUUGGGUGUUGCUGGGUGAGUUGGGGGAAUUGAAGCAGAAGCUGCGAUGCUUGGCCAGCCAAUGAGCAUGGUCCUGCCUGGUGUGGUUGGGUUUAAAUUGUUAGGCAAACUAAGAGAUGGUGUGACAGCCACUGACUUGGUAUUGACAGUUACACAAAUGCUAAGAAAGCAUGGGGUUGUUGGCAAGUUCGUUGAGUUCUAUGGGGAAGGCAUGAGUGAACUGUCUUUGGCAGAUCGUGCCACCAUUGCAAACAUGUCUCCUGAGUAUGGUGCAACAAUGGGCUUCUUUCCUGUAGAUCAUGUCACUUUACAUUACUUGAAACUGACUGGCAGAAGUGAUGAGACUGUUUCUAUGAUAGAGUCAUAUUUACGAGCUAAUAAGAUGUUUGUGGACUACAGUGAGCCCCAGACUGAGAGAGUCUACUCGUCAUAUCUAGAGCUCAAUCUUGAGAAUGUGGAGCCCUGUGUAUCAGGUCCAAAGAGGCCCCAUGAUCGAGUCACUUUGAAAGAAAUGAAGGCAGAUUGGCAUGCCUGCCUUGACAAUAAAGUUGGGUUUAAGGGUUUUGCUGUACCAAAGGAAUCUCAGAAUAAGGUUGCAGGCUUCAAUUUCCACGGGGAAACAGCACAGCUUAGGCAUGGAGAUGUUGUUAUUGCUGCGAUCACCAGCUGUACAAAUACCUCAAAUCCCAGUGUAAUGCUUGGAGCUGCACUGGUUGCAAAGAAAGCUUGCGAAUUAGGAUUGCAGGUUAAACCGUGGAUUAAGACCAGUCUUGCUCCGGGUUCUGGUGUUGUGACAAAGUAUUUGCAAAAGAGUGGCCUACAGAAGUAUUUGAAUCAGCUUGGGUUUCAUAUUGUUGGGUAUGGAUGUACCACCUGCAUUGGUAAUUCAGGGGAUAUUGAUGAAGCUGUUGCAUCUGCUAUUACUGAAAAUGAUAUAGUAGCUGCAGCUGUAUUGUCUGGAAAUAGAAAUUUCGAGGGCCGAGUUCAUCCAUUAACAAGGGCUAAUUACCUUGCUUCUCCCCCUCUUGUUGUUGCCUAUGCCCUUGCUGGCACGGUGGACAUUGACUUUGACACCGAACCCAUUGGGUUGGGUAAUGAGGGAAAGAAGAUCUUCUUCAAGGAUAUUUGGCCUACCAGUGAAGAAAUAGCAGAUGUUGUACAAUCAAGUGUGCUUCCUGACAUGUUUAGGGCUACAUAUGAUGCAAUCACCCAAGGAAAUCCCAUGUGGAAUCAGUUAUCUGUACCUUCUGGCACUCUCUAUGCAUGGGACCAUUCCUCAACUUAUAUUCAUGAACCUCCUUAUUUUAAAGAUAUGAGCAUGUCUCCCCCAGGUCCUCAUGGAGUAAAGGAUGCUUACUGUUUACUCAACUGUGGAGACAGCAUUACAACUGACCACAUCUCCCCUGCCGGGAGCAUCCACAAGGAUAGUCCCGCAGCCAGAUACCUCAUGGAACGUGGGGUUGAUAGACGAGAUUUCAACUCCUAUGGAAGUCGUCGUGGCAAUGAUGAGGUGAUGGCACGGGGCACUUUUGCUAAUAUUCGCCUUGUUAACAAAUUAUUGAAUGGAGAAGUUGGCCCGAAAACUAUUCAUAUUCCUUCUGGGGAGAAGCUAUCCGUUUUUGAUGCUGCAAUGAAAUACAAGAGCGAGGGGCAUGAGACAAUCGUUUUGGCUGGGACUGAGUAUGGCAGCGGAAGUUCUCGUGAUUGGGCUGCAAAGGGACCAUUGUUAUUGGGCGUGAAAGCUGUCAUAGCGAAAAGCUUUGAGAGGAUUCACCGAAGUAAUUUGGUGGGAAUGGGUGUCAUUCCGCUAUGCUUUAAGGCUGGGGAAGAUGCCGAGACUCUGGGGUUGACUGGCCACGAACGUUACACCAUUAAUCUUCCUAGCAGAGUGGAUGAAAUACGACCUGGUCAAGACGUCACAGUCUUGACUGAUAACGGGAAGUCAUUUACAUGUACCCUGAGAUUUGAUACAGAGGUUGAGCUGGCUUACUUUAACCAUGGAGGCAUCUUACAAUAUGUGAUCAGGAACUUGAUAAGUGCUAGACAAUAAAUGUGGCAAAUCAAGUACGCAGGCCAAUUCGCUAUCAUCUCAUUCUAGUUUUGACAAUGGGCUGAAUAUCCUGCACGAUACCAUGAAUAGUGCCUGCAAUAUUGCAUUGAAAACCAAUGGAAUUGUAUCAAAUAAGUGAAGGCAUUGGAUUUCUACGGUGAGUAGUUGUAAUGCCUGUAUCCUGUUACAGAAACGAUAUUCAUGUCUCUUCCAUCUGUCUUGAAUGCCUAUUUUUCCGAAGAAGACAUCUUCCUCUUUUGGAUUUUAGUUACUGGCAAGUAUUUACUUGA